UCGCGCCAUUCGCAUUAGGACCAGGUCAGCUUUUCAACCCCCUGACUCCCGCUCCUUUUGCAUACUUUCUGCUGUCUUUAAGUCUGAAUCAGAACAACCAGAUCCUGUCCUUUCUUUAUCGACGAUGUAUAGUACUAGAUGUGCCUUUUUACUCGCAUUCGCUUCCUUGGUGGUGGUCAACGCCCAGUCACUGUUCCCAUCAUUGACCUACAAUUUAAUCGUCUCACAUAUUGGUUAUGACUUUCUAGGUAAUUUCUCUUGGGAGACAGCGGACGAUCCAACGAACGGCCGUGUCAACUAUGUCGACAAAGCCACCGCUCUCAACGAUAAUCUGACUUUCGUUUCGGACCACAAGUUUAUCAUGCGCGCUGACGACACGAAGAAAGUUGCAAAAUCUGCCCGUGGGCGAGACAGCGUACGCAUACAUUCGCUGGAUGCUUACGACGACGCCUUGUUUGUCCUCGACAUAUUUCAUAUGCCCGAGGGUUGUGCAACGUGGCCUGCGUGGUGGACAUUGAGUGAGGAAGGGCCCUGGCCUUACGGUGGCGAAAUUGAUAUUAUCGAAGGCGUCAACCUCGGUCAAGGAAAUCUUGCCUCACUCCACACUACACCGAACUGCACUAUGCCCAAGGCUCGAUCACAGAGAGGGUUCACAAAGUCCACCUCGUGCGACACAUCCGUAAACUCCAACCAGGGUUGCGGUGUCUCUUUUCCUGAUCAAGAUUCUUACGGAACAAACUUCAACGCAAUGGGCGGUGGCUUUUAUAUCAUGGAGAAAAGCAGCACGAAGGGUGUCUCAGUCUGGUUUAUCACUCGCGACAGCUUGCUGCUUCUCGGUGGCGAGCCCGUCCUGGACUUGGUGCUUCUAUCAACACCUGAUGCGUACUUCCCGACGGUUAACAACUGCGACUACUCCAAACACUUCAAUGCACAUAGCAUUGUUUUUGAUCUGACAUUCUGUGGCGACUGGGCUGGGUCCGAGUCGGUGUGGAAUGCGUCCACAUGUGCGACCAAAGCCUCUACUUGUAACAGCUUUGUUGACAACAAUCCCAGCGAGUUCACCGAAGCCUAUUGGGAAAUCAACUCCCUCAAGAUAUAUACACCUCAUGGUCUUUUGCGUUAGUUUGACGCCCGCGUUCGGUUUUGUCUCCCUUAUACCAUACUAUCCAGCUAUUCAUGUAACAAGUCCGGAAGAUCAUUUCACCAUCAUAGAAGUCUGUCAUCUAGCCCUUGCAUUGUUUACGGUACUCGUUAGAUACCCUGGAGGAAUACAAGUUGUCAAUGGAUCAUGUGCAUGGAGUAUAUCACAACACGUUCUUCGUACGCACUUACUUUAUCACUCAUCAUACACACAGUCUUUUCGCUAUCCGUCUCAACGAUACCUUUUUAUUAUUCCUCCUUUUAAGUCGUCUCCCCGCAGUCCUUCAAUCGAAGACUGAGGUGGGCCUUUUAUUUACGAGUCUACUAUCACGUACAGUUUCUGAUCACCUAUGUAGUCUCCCCUUCGUCCCUAGGUAUACCAUUUGUUGUUGUCAAUUUCUCAAUCGAAGACUUCGUUCCUAGUCCGAGCC